CACCGAACAUGUCGUUGCUCAUGCCGUGACAUAAAAGAUGUCUGUCACAACGGCCACGCCAACAACAACACAAGCUCCGGCUCUGACCACAACCUUCACCCCUGAGUCCAGCUGCCUAGUGGACUUGUAUAAGUACGACUACACGGGCUCACUUGUCGAUUGUCACUCCACCCGCUGCAACUACUUUCAGCUCGGCGGAUCGUCCAGCUCUUCCGCUUGCUUUCCGUCAGGCUGGACAGAGGUACCCACGCGCUACUUCUCCCCGGGAGUCUGCCCAUCGGGAUACCAAGUAGCCUGUUCAAGCAUCGUCGGCAGCGAGACACGAGCAACAUGCUGCCCUAUCUCCUACACAUGCCACCAACAAACUGACGGCGCAUGGCCGUGGUACAGCACGAAUUUGUGUACCGUAGAUUAUCCUGCCAUCGUACCAGUGACAUACACUACUAGUCGUGUCGGCUCUGGCUGGACCACCACUGUAGUGGACGGAGGAGGCGUCAACGCCUAUGGCUUAGCUAUCAGGUGGAAAUCAGGGGAUUUUGCGAGCGCAACCUCGACGACGACACGCCAAACCGCCGUACUCAAGUCACCAUCGAUCGAGACAACAGGCAGCACGCGACCGACCAAUAUUGCAAUGCCGCAACAGCCAGACAAAGGAUUGUCCACGGGAGAGAAGGUUGGCAUAGCGGCGGGGGCCGUUGGCGCCGCCGCUUUCCUCGUGGUUGCUUGCCUGUUCUUCUUCAUGUUCCUGCGCCGCCGCCGGCUUCCACAGACAACCACGAAGGGGAACUCGCCGCCGGAACCAUAUCCAAAGAGCGACUUGUACGUGUGUCAGCAGGAACAUAAGUUAUCAGAACUGCCUGCUAGGUUUCCUGGCGAACAUCAAAAACCAGCUGAGUUAGCCUGACCUAUCUAUCUCCGUACGAAUCCCAUGUACCCAACAUGGCAGAUAGGAACAUCUUACAUAUGCAAUGAUGGACGCCAAAGCCGAGAUCGCGUGGCGAGGAGUUCUACGAUUAAUGACUUGUAUUUAAUGCGCCUUGUCAUAUUUCCCGGUUCUCACAUAAUAGGUUGAUUGCUUCAUGAGCGAAAAGGCAGCAAUUGGAGAAUCUGGCUGGGGGAAUAAAUAACAUGGCGCUCUUCCAAUUGUCAGGCUAACUCUGUCACGCUGAAAUUAUCUAGCCUGCC